AUGCCCCCUUCGGAGUACACCUGCACGAUACAGGAUGUUUCGAAACAGGAUAUCAUCGAGAACGAAGACAACGAUGACAACGACGUCCCCGUGAACAAGCUGACUAGCUUCAAUGGGCGACUGAAUCAGUAUUUUCAUGCGUCGAAGAACGUGAACGGUGGGCGAGAACAGAAGAUGAAGUUGGAGUCGAGUGGCGCCGGAGGGAUCCUACAAGAUGAUAAUAGCUCUGGCUCGAGCUCGGAAUCGAAACGAGGCCUUCGUCCCCUCGAUGAAGCGCAAGACCUAAAACCAGAUCUCUCGAAUAGCACCGAGCCAAUAAUAUCCUCUCCCAAACGCAGAAGAACGAGACAGAGCAACCCUUUCCUCUCAGCACGCAUGACACGCUCUAAAUCAACCAUCACCGCUUCCGCAUCGUCAACUUCGUCCUCGCCACAAUCCACAUCGCAAUCACCCAACCCUCCCUCAAAAACAAAACCCCCAACUCGAUCCCGCCGCCCUCGCACCUCCCGAACAACCACCCCGUCGGCCUCUCCAUCCCCAACAUCCUCCCUCCUCCGUGACACGAUCCCCCCAAACCUAACGCUCCUCCUCGUCGGCGUCAACCCCGGCAUAAUGACCGGAACGACAGGAUACGCAUACGCGCACCCCUCAAACCUCUUCUGGAAACUCCUCCACUCGUCAGGAAUAACCACCAUCCGCCACCCGCCCUCAGACACAUACCGGCUCCCGGACCUCUACAACGUCGGGAACACGAACAUCGUGGAACGGCCGACGCGCGACGCCAGCAUGCUCAGCAAAGCGGAGAUGGACGCGGGGGUGCCGGUGUUAGAAGCGAAGGUGGCGGCGCAGCGGCCCGAGGCGGUAUGUUUGGUGGGUAAGAGUAUCUGGGAAGCGGUUUGGCGGGUGCGGAGGGGGAGGGGCAUCCGGAAGGAGGAGUUUCGGUAUGGGUGGCAGGGAGAAGGGGAGAAGAUGGGACGGUGCGAGGGGUGGGAUGGGGCGCCGGUGUUUGUGGCUACGACGACGAGUGGGCUGGCGGCGGGGAUGACGAUGGCGCAGAAAGAGGCUGUGUGGAAUGAGUUGGGGAUGUGGGUUGUUAGGAGACGAGAGGAGAUGAAAGAGGAACAGGAGCAGAAGGAUAUGAUCUGA